AUGAAUGUUAAAUGUAUUUUGAAUACAUAGUGAUUUUAAUUCCAAAAUUGUGAUAUUAUUAAAAAAAUAACAGUGUACAAUUAAACUAGAAAUUAUUGGCUUGUUAUGUUAACAAGUGGUGUAUUGUUGCAUUACAAGUGGAGCUAUUAAAGAAAUUGCUUGCCAUGGCCGGCCCGUCCGACGGCGAUCCCGACGGAUGGGUCGAGUUCUGUGAGCGUCAGGCCAAAACUGCCGCUCAGGACUUUGCCAAGGCUUACGUUCAUUAUAUACAGAGCAGUACUAUAGAUGGUAACGCUAGACCUUAUACAUCGCAAAAAGAACUGCUUAAAAAGUUCGUAGAAUGCUUUUCCGACCAAUUUGAAUUCGAAUUCAGUAAACUGAAAGCUCAUUACAAGCUGCCUAACGGCUCGCAUGCAGGUCAUGACGACAGCGACUACUCAGAAACGGAAUCGCCUAAAACGCAUCACAAACCAUUCUUUAGAAGACUGUCAUUCAAGGGACUUAGACGUGGGAAAGGACUGUUUCAAAAACAAAAUUCUGACGAAGUAGAAUUAUCGUCAAAUCUAAACAAACAUAGUAAAACAAAAUUAGCAAAGAUUGUUGUGGAGUGCAGAAAGGAAGGUCUAGUUAAUUAUUUAACACCUGAAAGCCUGGAGCAGCCAGGUAGUGCUCAGAAAUGGGAGAAAUGUAGGUUAGCUUUAGUUAAAACUGUUGGUGGAUACAUGUUAGAGUUUUAUUCACCACCAAAAUCACAAAAACCACGUAGUGGUGUGUUCUGUUUCCUUAUAUCUGAAGCAAGGGAGACCACGGCAUUAGAAAUGCCAGACCAUGAAAAUACAUUUGUAUUAAAGGCUGAUAAUAAUAUGGAAUAUGUAAUAGAAGCUGCUGAUGUUGAUGAUAUGAAGUCAUGGCUUGCCACCAUAAAAUACUGCAUGAGGUCAGCACCUACAACACAACCACCUCCUGAGUCUCUGGCUAGCUUACCAGAACCUGCACCUCCAGACCUGCCUCCAAGGAGAGAUCUACCAACCAGUAGUAGCAAUAUCGAUCUUACGAGUGAUACACCAGAGGAGGCGGAACUAUGUUCAAUUGCAGAAGAGUCUUGUGAGGUGGGUGCUAGAGUAUCAUUGGCAGAGUGGCCCUGGUUCCAUGGAACACUAGCGCGGGCUGCCGCUGCUGCUUGUGUACUGGCUGGAGGUACAUCAGCACAUGGCUGCUAUCUUGUGAGGCAGAGUGAAACAAGAAGAGGGGAAUAUGUGCUCACAUUCAACUUUCAGGGUCGAGCGAAACAUUUACGAAUGACGCUCAGUGACGCGGGUCAGUGUCGGGUGCAACAUCUCUGGUUCCCAAACGUGCAUGACAUGCUGGAGCACUUCAGAGCCAACCCAAUACCGCUAGAGUCUGGCGGUGCCGCUGACGUCACGCUGACUGAGUACGUCGUCUGCCAGGAGGGGGCGAGACAAUUGGAAGUAUCGCACGGUAGCGACGUACGUAUGCGACGCGCAGAGAUGGAAGCUCUCGCCGUGGCCAGCAGCUCCACAAAUCCGCAAGACCGCGCGGUGGACAACCAGUAUGUGCUUCACACCCUGAAGGUCACCCCCAACGGCACCUAGCCCAGCCACAGGUCCUGGAGGCACCACGGAUAAAUAUAGCGAGAUAUCGCAUAAGAGUACUCUUACUUAUAACUUUAAUGGCUUGGAUCUGCGGGAUAUUGAGUAUCCUUUAAGGAUUUUUAAUUUUUCUAUAUUUCGACGUAUAUUAACGCAAGCGAGACGAGAUAAGCAAUGUAAACAAACGGAUUGUUACUGAGUUACAUUGCGAUAGCGAGCGAUUAUAAUUUCUGUCCCUAUCACUCGUACGCAGUAAUGGCGUCAGUCGACGAUAGCUUUCGUAGCAUGUUUCAUGGUACAGGAAAGCAGUCAGAACCGCAGUUGUCAAUAUUUGGCUCGCCAUUUUAUGAACUAGUUUAUUCCUGUUUAGAUUGCGUUAGGAGUGAUACGUGUUUUUUCGUUUCCAUAUUUACUUAGUUGUUUGUUAUAAUUAAUCCGUUACUGUUUGUUUUCUUUACGGAAGUUGUUAAUUUUCAUUAUGGAAAGAUUUAUAUCUAGGUUCAAAGGUUGUCUAGAUAAGAUAUCUGGACAACCUUUGAAAUAUUAUGUAAAUUCUUUUCAAUAUUCAAAGAUAUAGAUGAAAAUGUUUGAACCCCUGAAACUUUGUUUACAUUCUUUACCUCGUCUUGUUGGCCUUACUAUUAUAGAUCCAAACGUCAUGAUUACGGUGGCUACUCAGUCAUAAGCGAGUAGUUGAUAAUCUUUAGAAGAAAUAUCAAUCUACCCUCUUUCUCGAUCUAUUACUGCGUCAACUUGAAAAUAAUGGAAAUAUCGGGAAACUAAAAAAUAUCUUACUGUCAUGCUAUAUGUCACAGUUGUAUUGUCGUACUUGUAUAUCGUGAGAUUACAAUUUCACUUAUGAUAUUAUAAUCAAACGGUUGAUUGUCCAUCGACUUCAUUUCUUACAAUUUAACGGCCUGGUUUUAGUGACAUUGUAAUGUCACGGGUUAACUUUAGUGAUAUUGUGAGGCAAUUAAUGACAAGUUUAGUGGUCUUUAGAUUAUGAGGCCAUCUCUGAUUGGUCCGUUUCUUCCAAUCAGAACGCUCGACGUCUCACACUGCUAACUUCAUUCGUGAUAAACCUAGAUUUAUUAUAAUAUCACUGAAGUGUACCCGUGACAUUACAAUGUCCUAAAACCUUUAAAUUGUAAGAAAUGAAGUCGAUUAACAAUCUACCGUUUAAUUAUAAUACCACUAUCACAGCUUUGACAAUAUACCUGCGACAUAUAGAAUAUAAUAACACUACACACACAAUAGGCUUGUUGACUGAAUUUUAUUUAUACUCUUCUAUUAAUAUCUUUAAAUUGAACAUUAUAUUUUUAACGAUUCCAAAAUACCUUUUUAAAGUUGAUUCAAAAACACGUCAGACUGCCACGGAGUUUUUGUGACGUCACGUCGUGCUAAAGCGAUAUACGAGCAGGUUUUAUUAUUGAUCCUGCAGUAGCUUUCAAUUUUGUUGGUGCAAUAACUAGUUUAAGCUAGCGAUAUUAAUUAACUAUAAGUAUUACAAAGUUGUAUGGCAAAGGUUAUGUAUUUGCAAGUUUAUAUCAAUUGAAAUGAAUCGCUUAGGUAGGUCUGCCAAUAUAACAAUACUCACCCCUGUAUAAAAGAAGAACAUAAAAUUUUAUGAAACGCAGGGAUUCUCUCUGCAUCUUCUACCGCAUUUAUCACGGGGAGUGCUCAUAGGAGCUGUUCGGGUUGAUUCCAGCGGGCGAAUUACACCGCCGGAUAUUACGUGCAAAGUACCACCCGCAUCACGUUCACGUCUGGCAUUCUACAACCGUGCGUUUGGCUAGAAAUUUCUUGCCUCGCACAGCAAAUUUGUGGAAUCAAUUACCGGCUGCGGUUUUCCCGAACAGAUACAACUUAGGGACCUUCAAGAAAAAAGCAUACUCCCACCUUAAAGGCCGGCAAUACACUUCUUGACACUGUUGCUGCGGAUGUUCAUUGCCCCUCUUAUAUAUAUAUAUAUAUAUAUAUAAAACACUAUUACGAAGGGAUAUCUCUGUCACGCUCAUAAGCUUGGCCGCGUGCGAGAGAGACGAAUUGUGCAUAUGAAGUAUGACAUCACCGCGUCGCCUUAUUCACACACACAACACAAGCUCAAUAUGUGAAUGUGUUGUAUGUGCUAGUUUUAGAUAAAUGAUUUAAGGUUCUGUAGAAAAAAGAUAAAUAAAUAUCCGUUUGGGUGGUAGAAAACAAUUAUUCGUCGUUCUGGAUAAUUCCAGUUAAUACCGGAUGAUUGAAUGUCGUUUUAUCCUUUGUGCCUGAAUACCGGAAUGCUAAUAAAGUUUUAAUAUACUGGGGAUCCCAAAGAUAGGAGUUUCGUUUAGUGUUGGAUAACUGCCAUUAUGAUAUAGGAAAAUAACUGUUAAAUUUUAAUUAUUUAGCUUAAUUUUAAUGAUAAAUAAGGAAUGAUAAUAUCUAACUGCUAUUAAUACACAUUUAAAUAUGAAUACAUGGGUAGAGCUAUAUAACACUAAUCAUAAAAAAAAUACACAAUUCACCAAAAUAAACCAAUAUUCCAUACUUACGUUAAGGACUGGUCUCCGCUGCGCUACAAGUAGCUACCGUACUACCUAAGAACAAUAGUUUCUUUAUUGCGACAACUAUUAGAUGCUUGUGUGCGUGGCAUCUUUACACUCAAUAAUGGCAUCUUUCAAAUUUUGUAACAUACGCUUUGUGGUUUUUUAAAUAAUUACUGAUAAUAUGUGAUCCCAGUGUCUUUCUUAUUUCUCGUAGAAUUAUUUUUACAAAGUUUUACUACGCAACUCGUCAUUUUAGUUUCAAUUAUUAGCAAAGUAUAACAGAACAUACGGCACGUCAACGUCACACAUUGUUCGAGACUGGCUGGAGUACGCCCAUUUGGGCGUAGUAAAAGUUGCUGCACUUUGCGACAACGCUUGCGGUAUCUAGUUGGAGCAAUUUCAAUUAUAUACUCUAAUUUUUAGAAAUAUUUUUAAGCUAUUGCAUAGCUUCUAUUGCGGGACUUGAGCGUGGAGACCGAAUCCAGAAAUUCCGUAACGAAAAUAACCUAACACUUACUUACUAGAUGUAUAUAGAUAUUUCGUCACGGUCAUUGCAGUUACCGUGGAACAGCAGUUAUCACGUAUGCUUUUUUGUCACGUUUUUUUAAUUUUUAUUAUUAUGACUAGCAUUUUUAUUGAGUUUCACCUGUCCCGUUGUCUGUCUGUAAUCAAAUCUUGCAAGUUAAAUUUUACUCAAUUCCCGUUUGCUUUUUUUUAAUUAAUUUUAUCAAAAAAAAAAAAACUGCAUAAAUAAAUAAUUAUAAUUGCAUAAGUUGAUAAAAAUGCUAUGCAAUAGCUUUACCGCGGCAGUCCCCGAGUGCCACACGUCUUUUUUAUGUACGGUUUAGUAGCUUUACCCAUGCGUUCAUUCGCUGUCUCAUUGAGCCUGUGCCAAUUUUUUAUGUUCAGGAAUAUAUCGUUAUUUUCUAUUGCUAUGUUUUAUGGACAAGUGUAGACGGUAUUGGCACGUGAGCGAGAAGUAAAUAGCAUACUUGUUGCAAUUUUUCAAUUAAAUUGAAGUUGUAUGUAUGUUCAGGGGUCUGUCGUACAUAUUGACGUAUUAGCGGGGGAUUUAGAUAGCCUUAUUUAUUUACAUUAAUUUAAAAUAAUUGUUGGUCCAAUUUAAUAAUUUUAGGAUUACAAUGUAGCAUGAUAUAUAUAUAUAGCGGCAGCAUAGCGGGGUUUUUAUCAGUAUCAUACGCCUUGUCAAACGCUUCAAAAAAUCAAUAGUACCGUUUAUACCACUGUUGAACGCAUUUUAUGAAUAUGCGUAAUGUGUGAAAUCAUUGGCUUUGUUUCUUAUCAUUGCUCUUUUGUUUAUUGAAGUAAAAUUCUAAUGCGGCUUCCAACAAGGUUGCGUUAAACGUUUAACGCUACCAUGGAGGGGGUAUGAAAGCACUGUUGCGUUAAACGUUCAACGCUCCUGGGAUUAUUAUUAAUAGUUGCUAGGCUAAUUAACAAAGAUAAAUAUUAAGUAUCCUAACAAAAAGACACAAACAAUGUAGCGUAAUCUAUCUUGAACAACGAUGAUCGCAAGUACCUAGUACUUAUUAAUUCACCAUUAUUUUAUUUAUUGAAGUGAAAAUUUCUUAUCAUCGUUGUGAUUUGUAACUAGACGAAACGAAAAAUCGUCAGUAAAAAGAGCAGACACAAAUUCAUAAUAUUUAAUGAGAUAGGAAUCAUUAUACAGUGUUUUGUGGUACCAGGCGAUCAUUGUUGAAGAAGAGAUUGGCUUAUGUAAGACGCGAGUAUACCUUAAUAUAUUCUGACGCCAUGCGCACGACGUAUUACUACUUAGACACCAGUAGAACAUAUAUUAUACAGGGUGUCCCAAAGUCAUGGGACGCAAAGUUAAAGUACCUUAAAUAUCGUAGAUAGGGUAUUUUACUGAAAGAAGAUUUUUGUUAUUUUUAAAAGUUAGUAAUUCUGCAUUCAUAGAUUUUCUAAAAAUUACUUGCCUCGUCUGGGACUCGAACCGACUUAAAUGUAAAAAGAAACACCCGUGCGUGACAAGCUACGUCUUACACUCGCGAUUUGGAUGUUACUUUGUAGUACUGUGCGUGCAUUGCUCAAAAAAUACGUUUGCUGUCGACCUCAAUUUUUUUCGACGUUUUCACAGCUGUUACAGUCUUUAUAGACGUAUUAAUGAUCUAAGUUAUUCAUCUACAAUGACAUUCAUACUGUUGUGAGUCAUCGACGAGUAAAAAAAGAAGGACUCCGCGCCGUGAUAUUAGCAAGUGAAGCACUGUUAUGCUAGUGUGUGUGCGGUUACGGGUGAUACACAAUUUUUUUUCUCCCUUAAAUUAUCAUAUAUGGCCACAAAUACUUCUAUAGUACCGUUUUACACAUUUUCACAACGCACUACGGCAUUUUUAAAAUAUUUUAUUGAGACGCAAACUGAUCUGUAACAGACGAUGACAAUUCUCAUAAUGGCCGCCAAUCGGCCUGUAGUAGUGUAAGUGUGCGCGUGGGGCUAUGUAUUUACACGUUAAUCGGCUUGUUUUGGUGCUACACUGUUAUGUAAGGUGACACGGAGUCCUUAUUUUUUUACUAGUCCGUAUUGUGAGUUUAGAAAACGUAAAAUCAUCGCAAUACGAAUGAUGUGAGCUGUAAUCAAGAGGAUCAGUUGCGUUUAAAAAACUUGUCAUUAAAUGAAAGGCCUUGGUCGAUUUGAUAUUUAAAUGGUAUGAUAUUUAAGCUACUUACAAAUUAAAUAUGUACAAAAUAAUUCAUAAUUUUAAGUACCUAUCAUGUAAAUAUCGCACUAGAUACUAUGUAAAUGUGUAAAUAUUAUAUUUUUAGAUUCAUACAACUAAUUGAUAUGUUACUAGAAUUGAGGGUAGUUUGAAAUUUUUGUAUGGUCAGUUAAAAGCCAAAAGAAAGGUGCUUUGCUAUGCAUAAUUUUUUGCAGCAAUCAUGAACGCUAAAAUAGCGACCGUUAAAAAGUAAAAAUUGUAUGAAGAAAUUUGGAGUUCCUUAAAAAGCCGUCGGUGCAAUACUUAGAACCGUUCCGACUGUCACCGUGGUGGCCCUGGUUAUUUUUGCCUCGUACAUUUUUUUUAGUUUUCGAACUUUAUUCGACGCUUUAAAAUGUCGCUCUUGCGAUUAUCAUACCAUCAGGUGACCCGUAUGUCCUCUGUGUAUCUAUAAAAAAAUAAUCGAAAACGCACCUCUGAUCUACCUAUAAACAAUGUCUCCAAAUAAUGGUGUGAAAAAUCUUUUGAAUGGUUUCUGGUGUGUUUAAGGUCUCCCCAACACCAACUCAUAACGCCAUAGUACCUACGGAUGCUGUUUUGUAUCGCUGCAUAAAAGGUAUGUUUAUAGCCAAGCUGCCAUUUAUAAUUUUAUGACUACCUUCACUAUUCUGAAAACGUUCACAAUUAAGGCUUUCCGCUAUGCAAUACUUCAAUCAUAUUUUUAUAAAUGUUUUAUUUUAAUACGUGAUUAAUUAUUAUUUAGUAACUAAGUAUUUAAUUUAUUUAGCUAAUUAUAAGUAAUAUUUUUGUCGUUAUUUAUUUCACACCAGUCAUGUCACAAAUAUUUUAAAUAACAUUCCUUGUUUAUGCAAGUGUAUAGGUAAUAAAUAUACACAAGUAUU